AUGGGUGCAGCAUGCAUGCAAGUGGCAGAGAAUAUUUCAGCCUGUGUUGCAAAUGCUCCAAAUGUGGUGGUGCUGAUUAUCGACUGGUCUGUUCCAAUGGUGUACGGAUUUAUUCUCAUGCUACUUGCACUGUACAAAGCUGCAGAGUACUGGAGAAUGUCAGCAGGACUCAAAGGGUUCAAACUUGUGAAGAUUCUCAUCCGCGAUCAGAUAAUAUAUUUCCUUCUUGCGGUGUCAUGCUGUGUUUUAAACAUUAUGGAAAUCAAAUUGGUUCCAACCAACGACAAUCUAGCAACACUCAUUCAGCAAGCUGGAAACCCAGCAUUCCUAUGUAUCCUGGGCAGCCGGCUAUUCUUCAACAUGAAGGAAGCCGGAAAGCUGGGAGUCAAUGAAGGCACAAGCUAUCGUAUGAAAUCCUUGAGUAACAUCGAGUUUGAGCAGACUCAGCCUGCUGGAAGUGAAGCCAGUACUCGUGAUACGAUGACAGCCGAGGAUGUGUAA